AUGACCGGCCUGGAUAUUCCCGCGAACGGGCUGUCUCUCCGCCCCGGAGAUCAGUCCGGCGACACAGCCGCCAAACCGGCUCAGAUCAUGCGGCUGAACCUCGUCCAAAGCACCCUCGAUGAGCUCAUCUCAAGCCUCCGAUCAUACGACUCGACAGCCAAAGUCCGCCUGGGGAAACAUCCCACCCUUCACUUUGGCAACAAGACCCAAUCUGUCCAUGCCUACCCCGAAACUCACCGGGCUGAGAUCUACCGCACCUCCGCCGACAAGCGAAACCUCUACUUUACGGGGGUCAUGAGCCACAGCCUGGAAAUCGAAAAGGCCAAGCAAGCGACUGCAGCCACCGACCAGGCACUGGCCAACUUGGAGGAAAGCCUGAAUGCCUUCGAGCGAGGGAAGGAGUCCAAGAAAACCCACAUGAUUCAGCACCCCGAUGAAUUGAGGACUCUGCGUGCUGCCAAUGCGGGCAAAUCGAAUCGUUGUGGCCCGAAGACCAAGGCAGAUCUGGAGAAGGACCGAUUGCUCCGGACGGGCCCCAGUCGAUCGUCCGACCUUGGGGCCCCCCAAGUCUCCCCCCCCGUCCUGACCCCGACCUCGGCGCCAUCCUCGCUGGCCAAGAACCACGCCCGCCUGCAGGCUCUCAAGACCCCCUUCAUCCACCUCCUCGCCAUUCGUCCCGUCUCGGCUAAGUUCCUGGCUCGCCAAACCCGCUCCACGAUUGAAGAUUGCAUCGUCCUCGUCCAGAAAUACGGUACCGAGAAUCGAAUUGACCGGGAGAAAUUCGACCUCAAGGACAAGUUCUACAAGGACCUCGAUGUGUGGAAGUUUCCCUACCCGACUCAGGACGACCGACAGGCAGCCAUUGACAAGGCGAUUUCUGCCUUUGAUCGCAUGCGCCUGUCUCGGACCGACAAGCUGUGGCAGACUCUGCUGCCCAGGGAGGAACGAGGCAAGGGAAAGUGCUUAUCGAAGCUCAACCUCCAGAAUGGACUGUCCAAGAAGGCCGCAGCCCCCCGGAUGGGAGUGGACGGCACCGAGGAGCGCAAGGAGGGUGAUACCACGGGCAACGAGACGGAUCGGGCUGCGGGCUCUGCUGUAGCUCCCAAGACCUCGAAUGCACCCGCCAAGGCACGAGCGGAGACGGACACCACCAAGCGAGGCCCGAAGAACAAGAAUACCAACAGCACCUUGACCGGUCGGAUCACCAAGAAGGCAGCCGGCAGACCUCCCGCAAAGGCGAUCGAGACCAAGUACAAGUCGGCGGAGUUCGUUCAUGAUUCAGAUGACUCCGGCGAUGAUAUGGAUGCCUCCCCACCCUCUGCACGAGCUCCAUCUCCGGCUCCGGCUCCGGCACCGUCCUCUGUCCCCAAACAAACCAAGGUUGUCCUGCCGAGAAGGACACAGCCCCCGGCCAAACCUGUCCCCAAAGAGAAAUCUCCUGCGGCCCCUACACCGAAGGUCCCCAAGGCCGACGCACCCACGCCCAAAUUCGAACCUACCAAGGCAGCUUCCAAGCGACCCCCCUCCGCUCGACCAUCCACCUCACCACAGAAGCCCUCUCCCCUCGGGUCUUCGCCUCCGACCAAUGUCUCCGAUGCGACCAGUCGUAGCCGCUCCGACAGCCAGAACCAGUCUUCCAGCUCAUCUUCAUCCUCUCCGCUUAUUUCCCAACUUGCCCGAGCCAACAAGACCACUGCCCCCGCUGUCCGUCCUUUGAAGCCCACAGGAUCAGCCAAUGGUGUGAGCAAGGCCGCCCCCGCUGCCGCCAACCCCUUGAAGCGCAAGGCGGAGCCCGACCGCCUGGCAGUCCCGACCCCCACGGGCGCACGUGCGACGACGGGCAACCUCGACCACAAGCGGCGCCGAGCGGUCAGCACCUCGAGCGGAGGCAGCACGGGCAGCGCUUCUCCACCCAUGAGCCAGGAGCUUGCUCGGCGCCAGCUAUGGGAUAAGUCGCAGAAGUUCAAGCAGUAUUACGCCAAAUACCGCUCCUUGCAUGACACCCUAGCGGGCCAAGCCAACCCUCCCGCGGAGGAUUUGGAACGUUUGCAGCGACAGCACUCGCGACUAAAGCGGAUGAAGAAUGAGAUCUGGGAAGAAGAUCGACAACUCCGUGGUGGCCUUCAUCAGUAA